CCCUCCAGCCAUGUUUGCAUCCCGACUUGUCACACUUUACGUGGGCCUGCUGCUUGUUUUCCUCUGGAAUAUUCCAUGUUUCCACUCAGCUGCUAUCAUCUCUCCAUCCGCUCCGAGGAGGAACAGAGGAGUCAGACUCCCCCACCAAAGGUCCAUCAAGCUCCUCAAAGACAUCUUCGCGUCUUCCCAUCACCUGACGAGCCACCAUAAAGAAGAGCCCAUAAAGGACGACAUCGUGCCGCACGAGUACAUGCUCUCCAUUUACAGGACCUACUCGGCGGCCGAGAAACUGGGACUAAACGCCAGCUUUUUCCGCUCCUCCAAAUCCGCCAACACCAUCACAAGUUUCGUGGACAGAGGAACAGACGAUCUUUUGCACUCUACUCUGCGAAGACAAAAGUAUCUGUUUGAUGUCUCAACCCUUUCAGACAAAGAGGAGCUGGUCGGGGCCGAAUUAAGGAUAUUUAGGAGAGCGUCGGGCGACUCGCAGACGACAGGCCUCUAUCGCGUCCGGCUCUACCCGUGCAGCUCGGACGUGCUGCUGGACUCCACGCUGCUGGACCCCGUGGACUCCGCCGAGUCCGGGUGGGCGGUUCUGGACGUGUGGGAGAUGUUUAAAUCUCACCAUCGGAGGAACCAGCUCUGCCUGCAGCUCAGAGUCACUCUGGGGAACUCUGACACGGAGCUGGACCUCAGGGCGCUGGGCCUGGACAGGGGUGGGCGACCCCAGCAGGAAAAAGCCAUUCUGGUAGCCUACACCCGCUCCAAGAAGAGGGAGAACCUCUUCAACGAGAUGAAGGAGAAGAUCAAGUCGCGGAGGUCCACCAAGGAGAUAGAGGCGGUGAGGCCCUCGGAGGCGGAGGCGGAGGAGGAAGCCGGGGUCAGAGGAGAGGGGCCCCGGCGGCGGCGGCGGACAGCACUGAGCAACCGUCACGGGAAGCGACACGGGAAGAAGUCCAAAUCCAGGUGCAGCAAAAAGGCAUUGCACGUGAAUUUUAAAGAGCUGGGCUGGGACGACUGGAUAAUCGCGCCCCUGGACUACGAGGCGUACCACUGCGAGGGCGUGUGCGACUUCCCGCUCCGAUCCCACCUGGAGCCCACCAACCACGCCAUCAUACAGACGCUCAUGAACUCCAUGGACCCCAACAGCACGCCGCCCAGCUGCUGCGUCCCCACCAAGCUGAGCCCCAUCAGCAUCCUGUACAUCGACUCGGGCAACAACGUGGUGUACAAACAGUACGAGGACAUGGUGGUGGAGCAGUGCGGGUGCAGGUAGCGGACGCCGGGCGCCGAAUAUACAGUAAAGACUUCAAAAAGGAGAUCCAUCCCGGGACACCUGAGCGAGAUCCACAUUGGACGCACGCAAGAGGCGACAUUUUGCUAUUUAUUCCGACUCAGUGCUGGUGAAAAUGCACACUUUUCCGCCUUAAAGUGUUAUUUCCCAAUCAUGCAAGAAGUCAUCAAACAAGCCCUUGUUUCCUCAGAGUGUCCUUUGUGUGACGGGAGCCCAUCGGGUGCCACCGUGCACCUUCUCGUGCCGCGGCCACAGUGGACAGAGGCUUUUUUUUUGCCCGUCAGCGUUUGGACUUGCAAGCCCUUGUCGUGCAACCUUGUCUGGAAGGCAGCCCCGUAAUUGCCUCCGUCCGACCGAAGUCAUUAAACGCCCGUGCAAGUGCAUUUUUUUGUUGUCGCAAAAAAAAAAAAAGAAGAAAGAAAAGUGGGGUAAAUGUCACUCACGCUCACACACACACACGCUCUCACACACACACACACACACGGCAACGCCUUCAAGAGAUUUUUGCCUCACUGCAGAGGUCAGCGAGGGUCAUCAUGUGCUUUUAGGAAAAAAGGACACACCGCCAGACUUGUGUCUUCUCUGUUUCAGUACAAUAUUGUUUAUGCCAGUCAGGAAUUUUUUUUUUUUUUUUGCUGCAUCUUUACGAAAUGCACUUCCGCAAAUAAACUGCGCCGAGGAGCUGCAGCCAGUUUGUCUGCUCUGAUGAGGAACAUGUAAAACAAGAGACUCGCAAAGAGAGGCGAUAUUUAAAAAUGCACAUUAGCUUUGAAUGCACUGCUGUUCAUUAUUUGUUUUGAGCUGUAAAUAUUUUGUAUAGACGAUAACUUUGCAAAAGUGCUCCGAAUGAAGAAAUGAGAGAGCUGCAUUUCUUUGUACAUAUACAAAAUGCACUCAAAUUGGUAUAAUUUCUAUUCUAUAAUUAUUUUAUUAUUUGUGAUGUACAGUUUCAUGAUAAUCAUAUAUUUCUUACAGUGAUAAGAGUAAUUUAAGGUGUAUUCAUUAUUUGUUUUGGCAGAGGGUGGAAAGUACCAUUAUAAUUGUCUACCUCAUCAUUGCAUAUAGGUUAGAGUGUAGGUCAGUUAGAGUGUAAAAGAGCUUUUACAGUAUAUAUAAGAUCAUUAUAUUCAUAUAUUACUGGAUACUAUUCCACUCCUUUACUGUACAAAUAAAAUUCAA